CGUAGAUUUAUUCAGUCGUCUGUUUACAUAUUUAGAAGGUUUAUAUCAGAUGUAAAUAUUAACUUGCAGGUCAUGAAUUGAUAUGAUAAAAGCUUGAAUGAAUGAAUAUGAUUCAUAGAAGAAAUAUGUCUUUGUAAAAUGUACUUUUUUAAGAUUUGUAUAAAUUUUCCCUAUAUGUUAGAUAAAAUCAUAUUGUGGUCAUAAUUCCAUGAAGAUUUAAGGUGAAAAUAGGUAAAAUCGUGCUGUAAUCAUCAGUAUUGUUUAAAUUGGUUGUAUAAUUGUUUGUGGUAUUUUGUUGAGUAGCUCCUGCUCUACAUUAUUCACAUUUAUUGGUAUUUUAAUUCCAGGUAUAAGAUUAGAGUAACAAAUCUAUGAAUCAGUUAUUGUACGCAGUACAUAGACCAUUUUGAAGAAUGCAAACAGUGAAAGCUUUGCCAUCAAAGCUAGGAACUGGUUGGAAAUCAGUACCAAUUGCAUACGUAUCUCUUUUAAAGGUUUUAGUUAAAACCACUAUGAGAUCCUUUAGUGCUAAGUAUAUAAGAAAGAAGGGAUGGUUAAUUAAUUUUUUAAGGGUGAUUUGCCAGAUAUAGAGUUCUACUAUGAAGGGAUAGAGGUCAAUGGAAAUUAAAAAUUUGGAGCUGAAGUUUCAGAAUUUUGUUUGCAAAUAAUGGAGGGCUCUGAUAAAGUAUUAGAAUAAUAUUAAAAUAAUAUGAAUAAUUCAAUAAUAAAAGAUUAAAUAUUCAAUAUGAUGAAGAAUUUAAGAAGGCAGUUGAGAUUAAGAAAAAGGUUUAACAGGCAUAGGAUAAAUUAAUAAGAUGACUUUAAAACAAGGUUUAAAUAAUUGACCACAUAAAUGAAACUAUUUUAUAAGAGCAGGAUUAUAUAAAUUAAAAAGGUAAGAUGA